AAUGUAUGCUGCACUUGUGUGAAGCAGCACUGCGAGGCAGAGACUCACAGAAAAUACAACAGCUAUGGUUGUUUACUAUCCCAUGGUGACGAUUCCCUUGUUGGGUCUUGUUGUCGCGCUGUGGCUCAUCUUGUGCCACUUCACAAAGAAGCACAGAGAGACGGAAAGCUGGCCCCCGAGUCCCAGAAACUCCGCUUCCAUAUACGUCAUCCCCAUGCCGAGAAGCGAAGAAUCCACAGACUCAUGUGAACCGUAUUCUCAACCUGCUGAUGUAGAACCUCCCAUCUACUGCUCAGCAAGUGACAGUCCACCUCCGUACACGCUGGAACCACCUUCUUACUCAGAAUCCCCGCCACCAUACACGGAUCCUCCACCUUUCUCAGUGCAGUGCUGCACCUCCUGACCUUUCACCUCCUGGACUAAUAACUUAAACAUCAUAUAUACAGCAUAUACAUAUAUGAACUCUUAUCCCUUUUUCACUUUUGCUUACAGCAAAGGUCGACGAAACUCAAGCGGGAUCAACAGAAGUCUGAGCUUGUGAAACAAAAAGCAUAUGUGUGUGUGGGGUAUUUAAGACGUGUGGAGAGAAAAAGUUGUGUGUUUUUUUUAUGUCAAAACUAAAGAAAAUGUCCAUUUCAGUACAAGUUUGUGGUCUUGAUUUUACAAGUCCACUUAAAUUACGGGUUCAGUGUGUGGGAUUUGGAGGCAUCCGGUGGCCAAGUUUCAGAUUGCAACAAACGGGAUGCUCUUUAACGUACUAUACAAUGUUUCAACAUGUAUUUCAACUAUUUGAUGCCUUAAAGUUGAAUGGAUACUGCUGUCCGUCUCAUGGUUACACAAUUUGUAUUCACAGCAAAAUAUUAACCUUUCUUUUAAGUAAUAUUAAUGUCCACUAUCUUGUGGUGAUAUGCGACCAGACUUUGAAUGUCAUUACUGAUAACUGUCUCUUUUUUAUCUCUAUUUGAACUCACGUGGGGUUCAAAAGUAACUUAAAGUGUAAAUGUGUAGAAUACACAGUGCUAUGUGUUUUAUGUGGGACAUCAUUAUGUGUAUCUAUGUUUUUGUUUGUAUGUGUAUUUAAUUGGUUGUACUUUCAUGUACCAUUCUCUAUUUAUUAAAUAA